UCUGGUUCUUAAAUUCUCUGCUCUCACAUCCCAGCUCUACUCCAACCUUAAAGCUAGCAGCACUACAGUCCCCGAGUCUUGAGGACGGUGUGUGAUCAACUGCGCACUUCGAUGGAUCCGCCAUGUUACAUUGCCGUUCUUCUCUUCUUGAUCUCAUGGCCAUUGUGCGCGUCCGACGACCGGCUCGUCCUCGGCAAGGAGCUGUCCCCGGGCACGACACUCGUCUCCGACGGCGGUGCCUUCGCCCUGGGUUUCUUCUCCCCGCCCAAUUCCAAUUCAUCGUCACUGUACCUUGGCAUUUGGUACAACAACAUUCCAAAGCUCACCGUGGUGUGGGUGGCCGACCAGGCAGCCCCAAUCUCCGCCGGCCUUCCUUCAUCCUCUGUGCCUGCGACGCUCGCUUUGACAAAUGACAGCAACCUGGCCUUGUCCGACGCCACCGGCCGAGUCCUUUGGACAACGAACGUCACAGUCGGUGCGGCGGCAGCAUCGUCGUCGGACUCGAGCCCUGUGGCCGUGCUCCUGAACACAGGCAACCUCGUCGUUCGGUCGCCGAACGGCACCGCCUUGUGGCAGAGCUUCGAGCACCCUGGCGAUGCAUUCCUGCCUGGCAUGAAGCUCGGGAUCACCUACCGGACGCACUCCGGCAUGCGCAUCGUGUCCUGGAAGGGCACCGAGGACCCGUCUCCGGGGAGCUUCGCCUUCGGCGCGGACCCUGACAGGCCGCUCCAGAUGGUCAUCUGGAACGGGUCGCGCGUACACUGGCGCAGCUCGCCGUGGUCGGGCUACAUGGUGGACAGCAACUACCAGAAGGGCGGCGGCAGGUCCGCCAUCUACACGGCAGUCGUCAACACCGACGAGGAGAUAUACGCCUCCUUCACCCUCUCCGACGGCGCGCCGCCCAUGCAGUACCGGAUGCGCUCCUACGGCGACCUGGAGCUGCAGAGCUGGAGCAACGACUCGUUGGCGUGGCUCACGUUCGUCAAGUUCCCUCCCCGUGAGUGCAGUACCUUCGGCUACUGCGGCGCGUUCGGCUACUGCGACGACAGCACGUGCCACUGCAUCGAAGGGUUCGAGCCGUCGAGCGGCGCGGACUGGAGCCGCGACGACUUCUCGCGCGGGUGCCGCCGGAAGGAGCCAGUGCGCUGCGUCGACGGCUUCGCGGCUCUGCCGAACAUGAAGCUGCCCGAGGGGUACACGCUCGUGGCGAACCGGAGCUUCGAGGAGUGCGCGGAGGGGUGCAGCCGCGACUGCUCCUGCGUGGCGUACGCGUACGCGAACCUGAGCAGCAGCGCCAAAAGGGAUUCCACCAGGUGCUUGGUGUGGGCCGGCGAGUUGGUCGACAUGGAGAAUGUCGCCGGGAGCUGGGGUGACUUUGGUGAGACGCUCUACCUCCGGCUUGCCGGCGCAGGUAGGGGGACAAGGAGAAGUGCGGUGAAAUUUGUACUCCCGGUGCUUUUAGCAAGUUUUCUUAUACCCACGUGCAUUUUCAUAUGUUUUCCCAAGUUGAAAGAAAUGCUGAAGAAAAGAAACGGGAAAAAUAACAAGAGGCGAGCCUUGCGAGUUUUGAGUAUUUCCGAUGAACUUGGGCACGAAAUUCCAGCCCAAGAUCUUGAGCUUCCGUUUGUCGGAUAUGAUGAGAUAAUAAUCGCAACGGAUAACUUCUCUGAAGCGUCAGUGAUUGGAAAAGGAGGUUUUGGCAAAGUUUACAAGGGAGUGUUAGGUUGCCAAGAAGUCGCUGUCAAAAGGCUUAGCAUGGGCUCAAAUCAGGGAAUAGUGGAGUUCAGAAACGAGGUACUUCUGAUUGCCAAACUACAACACAGAAACCUGGUUCGGCUUAUCGGUUGCUGCAUGGAAGGAGAUGAAAAGCUGCUGAUCUAUGAGUAUUUGCCCAACAAGAGCUUGGAUGCUACUCUUUUCAAUAAUGCAAGAAAAUCAGUGUUGGAUUGGUCCUUGCGGUUCAAGAUAAUAAAAGGGGUUGCUCGAGGUCUUCUUUACCUCCAUCAAGAUUCAAGAUUGACAAUAAUCCACAGAGAUCUUAAGGCGAGCAACAUUUUGUUGGACGCAGCGAUGAGCCCAAAGAUAUCAGACUUUGGAAUGGCAAGAAUCUUCGGUGAUAACCAAGAGCGAGCAAAUACUAAGCGGAUCGUUGGAACAUAUGGCUAUAUGGCUCCUGAAUAUGCAAUGGAGGGUAUCUUUUCUGUCAAGUCUGAUGUCUACAGCUUCGGUGUGUUGAUCUUGGAGAUUGUAAGUGGUGUUAGGAUAAGCGACAUCGAUCCUGCCAACGACUCCCCAAAUCUUAUAGUCUAUGCAUGGAACCUAUGGAAUGAAGGGAAGGCAGAGAUUAUGAUAGACUCAUCUAUUGUGACCGGCUGCUUAUUGGACGAAGUGAUGCUUUGCAUCCAUGUAGCACUUCUGUGUGUUCAGGAAAACCUAAACGAUCGGCCGGCCAUGUCGUCUGUUGUGCGUACCUUGGACCAUGGAAGCAAGUCACUUCUUGCCCCAAAAAGGCCUGCGUAUUUUGCAAAAAGGAAGAAUGAAACAGAGCAGACAGGAGACAGCACCAAGAACUCUACAAACACCGUGACUCUUACAGUUCUGGAGGGACGAUAG